UCCAAGCUUUCGCCAUUUGGGGUAUAAACGCUUUCUUUCUAUUUCUCUCUCACACCAACACACACGCCCCUUUAUCUUCUCCCCAAUCUAAUUUUGGCAACGCCCCCUUCCCCCUUCAUCCCCACCCUCUCUCUCUCCCAAAGAACCAAACCCUCAGAACAACGCCUCCUAGAGAGAGAGAGCACACAACUCUUUUGGACUUUUAGUUUUAGAGAGAUAAAUUUUUUAAUGGUAUUCAAGUUUUUCUGCUAAAGUUGGUGCCUUUUCUGGGUUUUUGAGCAUUUGGGUUUUUUUAAUAUAUUUUUUGUUGGAGGGGUUAUUGAGAAUUUGGGAGAAAUAAUGGGAAGGGGGAAGAUUGAGAUCAAGAGGAUUGAGAAUGCAAAUAGCAGACAAGUCACAUUCUCAAAGAGACGUUCUGGGUUGCUCAAAAAAGCUCAGGAAUUGGCUAUUCUCUGUGAUGCUGAGGUUGCUGUUAUUAUCUUCUCCAAUACUGGAAGGCUUUUUGAGUUUUCCAAUGCUGGUAUGAUACGAACUCUUUCAAGAUACAACAAGUGUUUAGAUUCGUCAGAAGAUGCACCAGAAGAAGGCAAGGCAGAGAUUCAGAAGCAAGACUGCAAGGAGCUGGAUAAUCUAAAGGAUGAAUAUGCAAAGCUACAAAAGAAACAAUUAAGGCUGUUGGGUAAGGAGUUGACUGAUUUGAGCUUGAAAGAAUUGCAGCAUCUAGAACAGCAAUUAAAUGAAGGAUUAUUGACAGUGAAGGAGAGGAAGGAGCAAUUACUGACGGAACAACUAGAGCAAUCAAGAAUACAGGAACAGCGUGCUGUACUUGAGAAUGAAAUGUUGCGCAGACAGGUUGAGGAGCUUCGAUGUUUGUUUCCACAAACUGACCGUGCAGUCCAAUCGUACUUGGAAUAUUAUCCUGUGGAGAAAACCAAAUCCCUUGUAAACCAUGGCGUCACAAGUAGUCCUGAUUUGGUCAGUAAUUUUGCAUUUGAGAACGGCGAUUCUGACACCACCUUGCAGCUAGGGCUGCAAAGCAAUGCUUAUUCUGGGAAGAGGAAAGCUCCAGAAAGAGAAGCCAACUCCAAUGACUCAGGGAGCCAAUUAGGUCUGUAAUUGUUUAUGAGGAUCUCUUUUCUGUAGAAUCAACAGAUGCUAGAGAUGAGGUUGAUACAGUCGAGAGUGUAGCGUAGUACCUUCGUUGAAAGGUCAGUAACUUGUAAAAGAGAGCGUAGAAUUGUUAGGCGACCCCCAAACAUAGAAGUUCCUUUGUUGGGAAGGUUUGGCUGAUGAAGAGGAAAAUGUCCUCGUUAGUUUUUUCUAGUUUGUUUUGUAUUUUCUUUCAGGUCAGAGAAAAGAAACAAAGGAAAAUGUUUAUUUGUUUUCGUAA